UGUGGACGAAAAGUGAGCGUAGGGCGCGAGAGGAGAGGAGAGAAAAGCUGCACGAGGAGAUGAGUGGUCACAGGCAGACGAUGUUUUAGCCUUUAAGCGUCAGAUAAGGACGUUGACCUGCAACCUGAAUAUGAAUCUACCUAGCCGAGCUCACAAGUUGGACUGAUAUUUAGCAGGCUAUUGCGUUGCAUCCCUAUCCGUUUCCUCCUCCUCACACUGACGUCCAUCCGCUGCAAAAGCAAAGAAAAAAAACUUUGAUUACACACUUUUCCUGCACGGGGAAGCGUUUGCCUCUGGCUUUACCGGUAAGCAUUGGAUCCGUCAACUUACUGCGACUCUCCGGUGUACAGCCCGGACCUCUGCCCCAACAUGAUCGCGACGCAGGCGAAGCUGGUCUACCAGCUGAACAAGUACUACAACGAGAGAUGCCAAGCACGCAAAGCGGCCAUUGCUAAGACCAUAAGGGAGGUUUGUAAAGUGGUGUCGGAUGUCCUGAAGGAGGUGGAGGUGCAGGAGCCGCGCUUCAUCAGCUCCCUCAGUGAGAUAGACGCGCGCUACGAGGGGAUGGAGGUCAUCUCCCCAAACGAGUUCGAGGUGGUGCUUUACCUCAACCAAAUGGGGGUGUUCAACUUUGUGGAUGACGGCUCCCUGCCCGGCUGCGCGGUGCUGAAGCUGAGUGAUGGCCGGAAAAGGAGCAUGUCUCUGUGGGUAGAGUUCAUAACAGCCUCGGGGUACCUUUCAGCUAGGAAGAUCCGCUCCAGGUUCCAGACUCUGGUGGCGCAGGCCGUGGAUAAAUGCAGCUACCGUGACGUGGUAAAGAUGGUGGCGGACACCAGCGAGGUCAAACUGCGGAUCAGGGAGAGGUAUGUGGUGCAGAUCACCCCCGCCUUCAAGUGCACGGGGAUCUGGCCUAGGAGUGCAGCUCAGUGGCCCAUGCCCCACAUCCCCUGGCCUGGGCCUAACCGGGUAGCAGAAGUGAAAGCAGAGGGGUUUAACCUGCUCUCCAAAGAGUGCUACUCAUUGACGGGGAAGCAGAGCUCUGCAGAGAGCGACGCCUGGGUGCUGCAGUUCAGCGAGGCCGAGAACAGGCUGCUGAUGGGCGGCUGCAGGAAGAAGUGUCUGUCCGUGCUGAAGACUCUGAGAGACCGGCAUCUGGAGCUGCCGGGCCAGCCGCUCAACAACUACCACAUGAAGACCCUGCUGCUGUACGAGUGCGAGAAACACCCGAGAGAGACCGACUGGGACGAGUCUUGCCUCGGAGACCGACUGAACGGCAUCCUACUGCAGCUCAUAUCCUGCCUGCAGUGCCGCAGAUGUCCCCACUACUUCUUGCCAAACUUGGACUUGUUUCAGGGAAAGCCUCACUCGGCCCUGGAGGCUGCUGCUAAGCAGACGUGGAGACUAGCGAGGGAAAUCCUCACCAAUGCUAAAAGUUUGGACAAACUAUAAAGUGAUCGUCGAAACAGACAUUUUGGGAUAAAUAAAACUUCAGAGAAGGACAAAGACGAUCCUGCAACUGAUUCUCCAAGCAAUGUGAAAAAAAUCAGUGACAACAUAAAGCAGCGAGCAAACAACAGAAAAAAGCCUUUUUAAAAUGGAGCAAUUGGGCCACUGCCACAAAGAGAGAAGGUACAUUUUCAGAUAAAUGUCAUAAUAACUUUUAGUUGUCUUCUUUAAAUGUUUUCACAAAGUGAAGAACCUUUUAUUUAAAUAUAUGCACAAAAUCGUUAAGUAAAAGAAUAAAAUGUAGCGUGCCAAGUUCAAUUUUUUUCAU